AUGUCUCUCCAAACACCACUAUGCAAACUCCUCAAAAUCCAACAUCCAGUCCUACUAGCCGGCAUGGCUCGAGCUUCAGGCGCACCACUAGCAGCAGCAGUCUCCAAUGCCGGUGGUCUAGGCACAAUAGGCGGACUAGGUUACACCCCAGAUCAACUCUCAGAAAUGCUCACUGAGCUGAAGUCCCUCCUCCGGGACCCAUCUUUACCAUUCGGGGUGGACCUCGCCCUCCCCCAAGUCGGGGGCUCAGCACGAGCAACAAACCACGACUACACGCACGGCCACCUAGACGAGCUGAUUGAAGUCACCAUAUCCCACGGCGCAAGCCUCUUCGUUUCAGCCGUGGGCGUGCCACCCGCAAAAACAAUAAAGCGCCUGCACGAGGCCGGCAUCCUGAUUAUGAACAUGGUCGGCGCGCCUAAACACGCCGAAAAGGCGCUCAAGGCCGGCGUUGAUAUUGUUUGUGCGCAGGGUGGCGAGGGAGGUGGCCAUACGGGUGAGAUACCGUUCUCAGUGCUCGUUCCUGCUGUCGUGGAUGUUGCGCGGCGGUAUAAGAGUCCGUUGACUGGGCAGCCGGCGCUGGUUGUUGCCGCUGGUGGUGUCAAUGAUGGGCGCAGUCUGGCGGCGUCGUUGAUGCUGGGAGCUGCGGGUGUUUGGGUUGGAACUCGCUUUGUGGCUUCUGAGGAGAGUGGCGCCAGUCGAUUGCACAAAGAGGCCGUUGUUGCGGCGCAGUACGGUGAGACCAAGCGAACGCUUGUGAUCUCUGGUCGGCCGUUGCGUAUGCUGCCUAAUGAGUAUAUCAAGGAGUGGGAGGAGAGACCGGCUGAUAUUGCGGCGUUGACUUCUAAGGGUGUUGUGCCGAUGAUGCAUGAUUUGGAGAAUGAGAAGGAUAUUGAUAUGCCAUUCCUCAUGGGUGAUGUUUCGGCUAGUGUAAAGGCAAUUCAACCGGCUGGAAUUAUUGUAAAGGAGAUGGUUGAGCAGGCUGUUGAUGUGCUCAAGGUUGGAGGCUCAUAUAUUACAGGCCCGGGGAGUAAACUAUAG